AAUUUUCAUUCUUUAUAUAAAAAAUAGUUUUGAUUUUUUUCUUUCAAGAGAGAAAACAUUAGAGAAAAACAGAGCACAGAAACAUACAUAUAUGUAACUUGCACUCACUUCAAUCUCUUCCUCAUUCAAUAUCUAUUAAUAAUCACCCAAUAAUAUGCUCAAAUCAACCUUCAAUCCUUUUUUCUCAGCCUUUCCCUCCAAUGUCAGAACCAGAAAACAGCCCUUUCAACAUAUCCUUACUUCUUUCUCACAAACCCCUUCAACUGUUCGACAAAAUGCCCCAACGGACCCUAUCCUUCUACAACACCAGCUCUCCCCUGCUUCUGCUUACAUUCACCUUCCCUUCUGUCGAAAACGCUGCCAUUACUGUGACUUUCCCAUCGUCGCUCUUGGCUCUGGUUCCACCCAAACCGAGGACGAGGACGACCCUCGAAUGGUGAACUAUAUAAAUCUUCUCUGUCGAGAGAUUAUGGCGACAAAAGCAGAAAGCAAGACCAACCCACCUCUAAAAACGGUGUUUUUUGGAGGGGGUACUCCUUCUCUGGUGCCGCCGAGGCUUGUUUCGUCGGUUUUGGAGACGUUGAGAUUGCAAUUUGGGUUGAGUUCAGAUGUUGAGAUGUCUAUGGAAAUGGACCCUGGGACUUUUGAUGCUUUGAAAUUAAAGCAGCUCAUGGAAUUGGGUAUCAACAGGGUUUCACUUGGAGUUCAGGCGUUUCAAGAUGAGUUAUUGAAGUCUUGUGGGAGGGCUCAUGGUCUCAAGGAGGUGUAUGAGGCUAUUGAGAUUGUUGGCUCUUGUGGGGUUGAGAAUUGGAGUAUGGAUCUCAUCUCUUCUCUUCCUCACCAAACUCCAGAAAUGUGGGAGGAAAGUUUAAGGCUUGCCAUUGAAGCUCAACCCUCACAUGUGUCGGUAUACGAUUUGCAAGUGGAGCAAGGCACAAAAUUUGGAUUGCUGUAUAAACCAGGAGAGUUCCCAUUACCUUCUGAUUCACAGUCAGCUGAAUUUUAUAAAAUGGCAUCAAGAAUGCUUUCUAAUGCUGGCUAUGCUCAUUAUGAGAUUAGUAGUUACAGCAAAAGUGGCUUUGAGUGCAAGCAUAAUGUAACUUAUUGGAAGAACAUACCUUUCUAUGGUUUUGGCCUUGGUUCAGCUAGCUAUGUUGGAGGCCUGAGGUUUUCUAGGCCAAAAAGCAUGAAAGGGUACAAGGAAUUUGUGGAAAAUUUUGAGAAUGGGAUGGUAGAUUGCCAUACAAACAAUCAAAUCGAUUUCAAGGACAAUGCUAUGGAUGUUGUUAUGCUUUCUCUAAGGACAGCCAAAGGCCUGGAUUUGAAGUCUUUCGGAGAAGCAUUUGGUGACUCCCUCGUUGUUUCUCUUUGUAAAACUUACAAACCUUAUAUAGAAAGUGGGCAUGUAGUUGGCUUGGAUGUGAAAGGAAGAGCCUUAUCUUCAGAAGAAUUCAACUCCUUACUGCCUAAAGAGGAUAAGGAGAACAUUCAAAAGGAGCUUGGUUAUAUUCGGCUUAGUGAUCCAGAUGGUUUCCUUCUAUCAAAUGAAUUAAUAUCCCAUGCAUUUGGAGUCAUAGCUCCAUAGUAUCCGAUCCUUCUAAACCGUCAAGCUCCUGAUUAAGAAGUUCAGAAAGAGGAAAAUGCAUGUAUGACCUUGUGAUUAAGACACAUUGAUGCCAACUUCUCCAUGGCAUUAACUCAGGAUAACCUGAUUCUUUGUUCCCAUUCUUUGACGUUAGUUGGUGGUGUUGAAGGAACAAAGGAAAGAAACUAAGACAGCUAAGCAUGAUGAGAAGGAACACAUACAGACUAAUAAACAGUUCCAAUCAUAAAAAGGGUAAGCCUAAUUUACUAAAGAAGAUCACUUAGGUUUCAACCUAACGAGUGAAGAAAAUGAAUUUAUCUUCAGUUACAGGAUUAGACAUUUGAAGUUUGAACAAAGCUGUUAUUGCAAUUUUUUGUUUUUUAAUUAUUACUUGCUGACACACAUUGUAAUAUAUUAGUACAUGAACAAGUUUGUAGAUUUAUAAACAUCUUCAUCAAACUAUUAUAUUUGUGUUCAUCAGUUUAUCAAA